GGAUAGGAAAUUAGCAUACCCAUCACAUGGCUCCAAGAGAUUAAAAAUAUUUAAAUGGGUGAAAUCUGACAGGAAAAUAAAAUUCGAUGAUGAUGAAGGUGAAGAAGAAUCUUUACGGAACAUGGUGUCUGAGGAUAUUUCCACACCAACCGCUUCAAUUAUACAACCACUUACAGCAGCUUCUACACCCCAACCCUCAGAACCUGAACCAGAUUCCACGCCGAAACCAAUUCACACUUAUCAAAAUCAUCAACAAACAACGCAAAAUCUACGUCCUCCCUCGUUGAUUGCCACCGCUGUAAAGCAUGCAACACUAAUGCGUGAAUCCUCGUCGGCAAUGUCUACACCUCCUGCGGAUAUAUUCGUCGUGAAUACGGAUAACAAUACACCGCAGCAUGAGACAGGUGGCGUUUCCGGUUUGGACACGCCUGAUCAUGAGAUUGAAGAGACAGAGGAUGAAGAAUUAGAAGCGGAAGAAGUUGGAGGGUUAUCUGAUACCGGGAAUAUUCGACGUAGUAGUCAAGAAUUGAUGCGGUUUAAUCUCAAUGAUAGUACUUCCCAACAAGUAACAGCACAAUUGAAACGCGAGGAUGAGCAAGAGCUAGAAAUAUACAAUCAACAAUCGCAAAAUCAGCGAAACCCUAAUAAUCAACAUUACACAUUACACCAUCAACCACUUCAUCAUCAUCAUAAUAAUCACAACAACUAUCUUCAUCAACCAACCAGUUACGUAGAAAUGCCAAAUAAUCAUGAAUACUCGGCCACCGCCGUUCCUACAAAUAACAAUUUCAGCGAACAACCAGUUGUCGAGUACACCAAUGAGUUUGACGACGGUCAAGAAAUAUCGUAUGAUGACAUACAACAGGCGGCCGCUUAUCGGCAACAGAUUGGCGAAAUUUUGGCGCAGGAAGAAUCGGAUGAUGGUGAGAUUGAGGAAGCGGAGUAUAACGAUUUGCAAGAAUUAUGA